CUGCUGCUUUCCUGGUGUGCCCGCAGGGGGUCUGCAGCACGUGCCCCUCUCCUGCCGUUUCCAUGCCAGCCCUGUCCGCUCUGUGUCCCAGUGGUGUUCUCACAAGUGUUGGCUGUGGCUCACUCCCAGUUCCUGUUUCUGUGGAGGGAUAGCAGUGUCUGUGUGUUACACGGGUCGUUGAUCUCAUGAGAUUGGUGUAAGUAUUCAUAAAUUCUGAUUGCCCUUCAGACUCGCCUCCAUCUUUGUUAGUGUUCCUGAGAAGGUGUGUGUGUGGUUUUCCCUUCCACUCCUUAACUGGUAUAUACAUGACCCGGCUGCUUCUGCCACGACUUUGAUAGGAAGCAGCUGCCUUGGCACAGCGGCCUCCUCGUGGUCCUGAAUGCUUCCUGCACGGGCGGCCUGGGCGGCCUGGAGGGCCUUACUUGGGACUGAACAGUUCUGAAUUUUGUGAUGGCCUCCACUUUUUUAAACAUGUGGCUUAUCUCUGCAGUGAGACUGAGUAGAGAUGUUUUCUCAGCAUUUAAAGAAAAAUGUUCAUUUUCAUCUGUUUGAAAGGCGCAGAGGUGGAAACACAUGUUACCUACCCAUUCUCCUCCCGAGUGGCUGCAUGUCCAGGGCUGGGCCAGGCUGAGGCCAGACCCCCAGGCGCAGCCGCUGCUUCUGCAGGUGGAGGGCAGAAGAGCGAGAAGCAGCUGUUUCAGUGUGGGGGGUCUUAAUGCGUUACACUAAGGAGUUUUUCUGAGGUGUUUUCUCAUUUUCCACUGAAGUCAAGCUGGAGGCCUGACCACUGGGAGCCUGCAAGUUCCUCUUCAGAUGUGUUUGACAGUUACGAAAAACUGCUGUGGAACGGAUUGGUGUGGGUUCUUAGCUUCCCCUUUCGGAUUGACGUCCUCAGGGUAAUUGUGCCCAGUUGUUGGGAGGAGGCAUAGUGGCGGUCACUGUUGAUCCUGACCAGGUGGCUGGCGUGUUGCUUCCUGCACUCCUCAGACGUCUCAAGGAGAGAGACUUAAAGCUUUCUGCCUUAUGAAAGAUUGGAUGUUCUGGCAGAUAGUCACUGUGGGAGCAAACGUUUCAUUUCAGUCCCAGAUGAGGACCGAGAACUUGAAAUCAGAGGAGCAUCUGAGAUCGAAUGCUAUUAGGCAGGCAGAAGUCCUGAAGGCUGACAUGACAGAUUCUAAGCUGGGGCCUGCGGAGGUCUGGACGUCCAGACAGGCUUUGCAAGACCUGUACCAGAAGAUGCUGGUCACUGACCUGGAGUACGCUUUAGACAAGAAAGUCGAGCAGGAUCUCUGGAAUCACGCCUUUAAGAAUCAGAUCACAACGCUGCAAGGCCAGGCAAAGAAUCGUGCAAACCCGAACCGGAGUGAAGUGCAGGCGAACCUCUCCCUGUUCCUCGAGGCAGCUAGUGGCUUCUACACGCAGUUAUUGCAAGAACUGUGUACAGUGUUCAAUGUAGAUUUGCCAUGUCGUGUGAAGUCCUCCCAGUUGGGAAUUAUCAGCAAUAAGCAGACACAUACGAGCACCAUCGUGAAGCCGCAGUCCAGCUCCUGUUCCUACAUCUGCCAGCACUGCCUGGUCCACCUUGGAGACAUUGCUCGGUACAGAAACCAGACCAGCCAGGCAGAGUCCUACUACAGACACGCAGCCCAGCUCGUGCCCUCCAACGGUCAGCCUUACAACCAGUUGGCCAUCCUGGCGUCUUCCAAAGGAGACCACCUGAGCACCAUUUUCUACUACUGCAGAAGCAUUGCUGUCAAGUUCCCCUUCCCGGCUGCCUCCACGAACCUACAGAAAGCGCUUUCUAAAGCACUGGAGAGCCGGGAUGAGGUGAAAAGCAAGUGGGGUGUCACUGACUUCAUCAAGGCGUUCAUUAAGUUCCACGGGCACGUGUACCUGAGUAAGAGCUUGGAGAAGCUGAGCCCUCUGCGAGAGAAGCUGGAGGAGCAGUUCAAGAGGCUGCUGUUCCAGAAGGCUUUCAACUCCCAGCAGCUGGUGCAUGUGACCGUCAUCAACCUCUUCCAGCUGCACCACCUGCGGGACUUCAGCAGCGAGACGGAGCAGCACGCCUACAGCCAGGACGAGCAGUUGUGCUGGACGCAGUUGUUGGCGCUCUUUAUGUCCUUCCUUGGCGUCCUCUGCAAGUGUCCUCUCCAGGGCGAGCCGCAGGGGGACGCCUGCAGCACCUUCCCCCUCCCUGCGGUCAAGGUCUCCAUGGAUUGGCUGCGCCUCAGACCCCGUGUCUUCCAGGAGGCAGUGGUGGGCGAGCGGCAGUACGUUUGGCCCUGGCUGAUCUCACUUCUGAACAGCUUCCACCCGCAUGAGGAGGACCUCUGCAGCACUAACGCUACUCCACUUCCAGAGGAGUUCGAGUUGCAAGGAUUCCUGGCCUUGAGACCUUCCUUCAGGAACUUGGAUUUUUCUAAAGGCCACCAGGGUAUUACAGGCGACAAAGAGGGCCAGCAGCGCCGGCUGCGACAGCAGCGCCUGAUCUCCAUAGGCAAAUGGAUCGCCGACAAUCAGCCAAGGCUGAUUCAGUGUGAAAAUGAGGUAGGGAAAUUGUUGUUUAUCACAGAAAUUCCAGAGUUAAUACUGGAGGACCCCAGUGAAACCAAAGAGAACCUCAUUCUGCAAGAAGCAAGUGUGAGUGAGGCGCCAGCCAGCGACGGGGGCACAGGGCUCAAGUCAGUGCUAUCGUCGGGCCGCGGGCUCGGCAGCGGCGGGGACCCCGGGGAGAAGCCGGUGGUCACCUUCAAAGAGAACGGGAAGCCACGAGAAGGGAGCAGAGACCAGGGAAGAAGUUUUCCUUCCAAAGAGGUGAAAUCGCAGACAGAGCUGAGAAAGACUCCUGUGUCGGAAGCCAGGAAGACCCCCGUAACACAGACCCCGAGCCAGGCUGGCUCCCCGUUCAUCCCGAUCCAUCACCCGGCGGCCUUCCCGCCGCUCCCCAGCCGGCCAGGGUUCCCGCCCCCGACGUACGUCAUCCCCCCUCCUGUGGCGUUCUCUGCGGGCUCAGGCUACACCUUCCCAGCCGGGGUCUCCGUCCCAGGACCCUUCCUGCAGCCUACAGCCCACGCUCCCGCAGGAAACCAGGUGCAGGCUGGGAAGCAGUCCCACAUUCCUUACAGCCAGCAGCGGCCCUCCGGACCAGGGCCUGUGAGCCAGGGGCCUCAGCCGCUACAGCCGCCUUCCCAGCAGCCCCUUGCCUCUUUACCAGCUCAGCCCACAGCACAGUCCACGAGCCAGGGGCCGGGCCCAGCUCGAGCCCAGCAGCAGUCCCCCACAAAGGCUGGGCCAGCUCUGGGGAGAAGCUCGCCUCCCCACUCUGGAUUCCAACAGUACCAACAGACAGAUACCUCCAAACAGCUGUGGAAUCCCCCUCAGGUGCAAGGCCCCCUUGGGAAAAUCCUGCCUGCAAAGCCGCCCUACUACCUUCAGCCCCAGGACCCCGGGGCGCUCUUGGAGCCGGGCCUGCAGCCUGCGGCCCUGCAGCAGCCUCUGGAGAAGAAAAGGAAGCCUUUCCCCCUGGAGCCGUGCCACCACAGCCCCUCCGACGCCUCGCUCCCCGACUUCUACUGGGACUCUGCCUACAGCAUGGCCGACAGCCGCGCCGUCGUGGACCGCAGGGGCAAGCGGGCCCCAGCAGGCUUCCGUCUCGAGCAGGAGCCCAUGCCCAGGGUGCCGUUUGAGGGCCCCCCGAGCUCCCCUCUGCUCCCCCCGGACCUGUUAGAGAGCCUGGCUGCCUUGGAGGACGAGGAAGAGCUGCUCUUUGCUAACCCUCCCGAGCUUUACCCAGCCCUCCUGGGGCCUCUCGCCUCUCUCCCUGGACGAAGCCUCUUUAAAUCCUUGUUGGAGAAGCCCUCGGAGCUCAUGUCCCACUCCUCCUCCUUCCUGUCCCUCACCGGCUUCUCUCUCAAUCAGGAACGAUACCCAAGUAGCAGUGUCUUCAACGAGGUGUAUGGCAAAAACCUGACGGGCAGCUCCAAAGCAGAGCUGAGCCCCUCCCUGGGCCCCCAGGAGACCUCCCUCUACUCCCUGUUUGAAGGAACGCCGUGGUCUCCGUCCCUGCCUGCCAGUUCAGAUCAGUCGACACCAGCGAGCCAGUCUCCUCAUUCCUCCAACCCCAGCAGCCUGCCCAGCUCUCCUCCAACACACAGCCACAGCUCCAUUCCCUUCUCCAAUUUUGGACCCAUUGGGACUCCAGAUAACAGGGAGAGGAGGACCGGAGACCGGUGGAAGACGGACAAGCCAGCCAUGGGUGGGUUUGGCAUCGAUUAUCUCUCUGGCCCGUCCUCCUCUGAGAGCAGUUGGCAUCAGGCCAGCACUCCGGGUGGCCCCUGGCCCGGGCCUGGGCCCUCCGUGGAAGACUCAUCUGCUGUACUCAUGGAGAGCCUGAAGUCCAUCUGGUCCAGCUCCAUGACGCGCCCGGGACCCUCGGCGCUGGAGCAGCUCCUGAUGCAGCAGAAGCAGAAGCAGCAACGGGGACAAGGCGCCAUGAACCCUCCACACUGAGGCCAGCGCAGCCCUGGGAGCCGAGGCUCCGGAGACCUGGCCCGCACAGCCCCUGCGGGGGCCGCCCUCACCUCUGUUGCUAACCGGCCAGAGGGUGUCAGCGUCCCAGCAUCCUGCUGAGUGUGCACGGAAUGCCCGCAGUGCAACCACGAGAAAACCGUCGGGAACUCUCCGUCCCCCGGGGGCCUUCCGGAGGGAGAGAGGAACUGCUGUUUGUCUCACCUGAUGUCACCACCUCUCCCCUUCUCCAUCAUGCAUGUCCCCAGCCACGAGGGCAGUGGAGGCCGAGGAGGGAAGGCAGAUGAAGAAGCCAGUGGGGACUUCUCAGUCCUGUUUUCCUCUUAGGGGAAUAAAGUAGGAAUCCACUGAUGAUUGCUGACUGAGAAUGUAGUGAACACGUUGGAUUAUUGCUGAUGCUCUCAGUAGGAAGGUACCACUGAAUUCUUCCACACUCAGAUGGAUGGCAGGGGAGGCCCAGCUGUCCCUGCCCUUGUGAGGCAGGUGACUGCAGGGUGGCCAGUCAGUGGCCGGGAGGGAGAGGGCCAGGGCUGGCCUGGAGACCCAGCAGAAGUGUCCUGGAGAGGCUCAGGCCCCUGUGAUGACACAGGGUGGCUGGUGGUGCUGGGCGGGCGCUGCUGUCCGUCCGCAGGAGGCUGCCUGUCUGCCCGUGGCCCGCCGUGCUCCAGCAGGGAGGAGCUUCAGUGUGCUCGUCUUGUGGUUGGUGUCCCUUCCCCGCCCUGUGCUGUCGCUGCUCGUUGUCUCUGUCCCCAUGUGCGUACGCGUUGCCAAGGAGCACAGCAUGGGGGCCAUGGUGGGUGAGGCGGCCGGAGGCGUGGGGCCAUCCGCACAGCCAUGGGGCCUCCGCCUGCAGGGUGGAACUCCAGGCAACAUGGACACGUGCCCAGCGCACACGAUGAAAAUGCAACUGAGUUCAUUUGGACAAGGCGGGGGGAAAAAAGGAAAACAGACUUUGUAUGCUAUUUAUUAGGAGAGAGGGUUGAAGAUGUGCCGUGUGGACACACGAGGGCAGCUGUUGGUCGUUGCCUGAAGAGGGAUCUUUAAGGGGGGUUACGGAAACGGUCUGUCCACUUGCCGUCUCAUAAUGGGGUUGUGUCCUGGCAGUCCCUCCUGUGUGUGUGAGUGUUCCGUGCCCUCCCGGGGGGCUGACCCUGUUGGUGUGUGCUGGAGCAGCUGCAGGGCCCAGCACCCACGGGAGCCCUGGGCGCCCACGUGCCAGGCUCAGGGUGGCAGAGUGCCGGUGCUUGCAGGACUGCUUUUAGUUUGCAAUGCUGUUUGGGGGUUUUUGAUUUGUUUUGGUUCUGUUACCCCCUUCCUCCCCUCCCCCCACACAGCGGCAGCCAGAGACCCUCUGUACUUCUCCCCAGCUUCUCGCCCACGCGUGAGCUCUGCAUGAGGAGCUGCAGCGAGCCAGGGCCGGAGCUGCUGCCAUGCCCCGGGGUGCGCCGGCAGGGGUGCUGUCCUGUGCAGGAGGGUCCGAGCCAGACACACAGCCCUGCUCGGACGGCCUGCCUUGCGUCGUGGCUGUGGGGGAGGAGGACAGGGAGGAGGCUCGUCCUCGGAAACUGCUCUUGUGUAGUGAACCUUGUUUUGGGGGGCUUUGGUUGGUUUGGGGGUUUUUUGGGUUUGUUGGUUUUUUUUCUUGUCUGUGCAAGACUCGCAGCUGCUGAAAUCAGCUUUGCCUUUAAUUAAACCGUGUUCUCUCCAA